CGUGGACUUCAAAAGCUAAACAAAGAUAUUCCAAUUAUCUCAGUAAUAUGAGAACAGGAAGGUGUGAGAGGAAUUCAUCAAUCACUCAAGAAGUUUGGGACAGUUGGAUGAGUAUGUGGAGUAGUGAAGAAUAUCAGAAGAAAUCUAACCAAAGCAAAAAAAAUAGGCGUCAAGGUGAAUUAGAGAAGCCUGCCCCCUCUACUCAUACUAGUGGGGCCAUAUCUCAUGCCAAAGUUGCUAGUGAAAUUGAAAAGAACUCCCAAACUACAGUGACAAGUUAUCAGGUUUUUGUGUAUACACAUACAAAGAAUCACGAUGGAGAGACUUUUAUAAAUGAUCAGGCUAAAGAAGUGAAUGUAAGUAUUUUUGAAAUUUUAUUAAUUUUUUAAAUAAUUUGCGAUGCUCUUAUAUUAAUUCAAUAAAAUAUUAUAGGAGGAAUUUGUUUCACGUCGUGAGGAGCUAAUUGAUAUUGGUG